CGACCGACCGACCGACCUUAGCUCUCUGCAUUGGUUGCCAUGGCAUACCACCAAGAAUCAGAAUCAAAAGAGCCUGCACUCAGGCAGAACUCGGAGUCUACUCAGCUGGAAUCGCUGCUGACUCUUGACGGAGUGGAGGAGAUUCUUGGUUACAGGUUCCAAAACCGGAGCUUAUUGGAAGAAGCUUUUACGGAUCCAUCGGUUCCGGAUAAGUGCUUUUCGUAUGAGCGAUUAGAGCACGUCGGAGACUCCGUGCUUAAUCUUCUCUUCACCAAGGAACACUACUUAAAGUAUCCCGAUUUGCCACCCGGUGCACUGACCCGGCUCCGCGCUGCUAAUGUUGAUACUGAAAAGCUCGCACGUGUUGCCGUCAAACACGGAUUGCAGCGGUUUUUGCACCACAAAAAGCCGCUCCUUGAGGAACAAAUUCGAGAAUUCUCCCAAGCGAUAUUGGACUAUCCACUCCACUCUAAUGGAUUAGUGGACGUGCCAAAAGUCCUUGCAGAUAUUGUUGAAUCCGUAGUUGGUGCUGUUUUCAUAGAUUGCGAUUUUUCAAUGGAUACAGUUUGGAAGGUGUUCAAGGAUUUGUUGGAACCCAUUAUUAGCAGGGAAACGCUCAAAAUACAUCCAGUAACGGAAUUGUAUGAAGUAUGUCAAAAAAGAAAUUUGAAAGUGAAAUUUGUGGAUAUGUGGAGAGAAACAAGGGCAUUUGAUGUAUUGAUAGAUGAUCAGCUUGUGGGCAGAGGAACAUAUGACCUAAAGAAAGAAAUUGCUCAUAAUAGAGCAGCUAAGGAUGCAUUACACAAUAUUAGAAGAAUACUGGAGGAGGAAUAAGGAGAUAUUGAUGAAUAAUGAUAUUUCGUUCGUAGACUUUAUUGUUUUUCAUUUAUGUCAUUAUUAAUUUUGAACAGUUUAUUUUAUUUUGAUCUGGUUAUUUUCAGACAAUCACGUUAGAUUGUAUUGGUCCUUGUAAAUGAAAUUGUGCUUACAUUUUUUCUAAUCUAUAAACAUUAUUGAGCAAAA